AUGGCAGAGAGGAAGAGCAGUACGAAUACGAGUGAGGGGUCCAUGGUGACUGAGAUGACGGAUGCUUGUGGAUCCAGGUUUCAUCUGUGGACUAAGAGUACGGAUGAUUGUGAUGAUAUGUCGCAGCCGCCGCCGCCGCCGCCGCCGUUGUCGCCGUCCAGUAAGCUGACGUCGCCAUGUCAUCAAUCUUUUGAAAGCACGGUCACUGCUUUUGAGGCGUGGCCGAUGCAGAUGGCCCAGUCUGCUGAAAACAUGGCCCAUGCGGGCUUCGUGUACGUGCAAAGCACCGAUAGCGUGUUCUGCUUUCAUUGCAGCGUGUGGCUGAGAAGAUGGGCGGCAAUCGACGAUCCUUGGGUGGAACACCACAAGCGGUCCCCUCGCUGCGCCUACCUCAAGCUGACAGGGGUGGUGAAACAAGAACGUGGCAGCUACUUUCUUGCACUAUCUGAGUGA